AUGAUAUUAACAUUUUGUAAAGGAACAGUGAAACCACUACCAAAAUGUGCAAAGAUUUCAGAGAAUCCUUCACUUACAUCACUCAAUAUUCUGUUCCUCUCAAUUCAUCGUCCAUAUCUUCUCUUCCCCUCCAUACCUUCAAUUGAGUUAUCUUCUCUCCUUACCUCAACUUGCCUUGAUUCCUCCCUUGCUCCAGGUAUUUGAUCUAUAGCUACUUUUCACUGUGCAAUGGGGGUCAAGAAUUUUUAUGUCUUUAACUCUGGAAUUGAUGAACUGGGUUCUGGACAUGGUUCUGCAAAUCAUUCGCGAGUUACUGGGGAAGGUUACCAUGUCAAGUGAGCCAGUCAAUGUUAACGAAUUCAAAGCAUUGGCUGAAAGAGCCCUUCCCAAAAUGUACUUUGAGUUCUAUGCUGGGGGAGCCGAGGAUGAACACACGCUGAAAGCCAACGAGGAAGCUUAUCAGCGAAUCACGAUUCGUCCAAGAGUUCUGGUAGAUGUGAGCAGAAUAGACAUGAGUACUAGAAUGUUGGGUUACUCUAUCUCAUCUCCCAUUAUGGUGGCACCUAGUGGCCUCCACAAGCUAGCAAAUCCAGAAGGAGAACUUGCCACUGCUAGAGCUGCUGCUGCUUCUAACACCAUCAUGAUUUUAUCGUUCGGGUCUAGUUACAGUGUGGAGGAGGUUGCUGCUAGCUGCAAUGCAGUUCGUUUCUUCCAAUUAUAUGUGUACAAACAACGGCAUGUAGCUGCCAACUUGGUGGAGAGAGCUGAAAGGAGUGGAUAUAAGGCUAUAGUGUUGACAGUAGACUGUCCAAGAAUGGGUCGUAGGGAGGCAGACAUAAAGAAUAGAAUGAUUGUCUCAAAGCAGAAGAAUGUCGAAGGCUUGGUAUCGACUGAGGUUGACGCUGAUGGUGGCUCAAACUUGGAAGCAUAUGUGAAUUCUACCUUGGAUCCUUCUUUGAGUUGGAAGUUUCACACAUAAAUGGGCAGGAUGUAGCGUGGCUGAAGUCCAUCACAAAGUUGCCAAUUCUGCUCAAGGGAAUAAUCACUCAUGAAGAUGCACGAAUAGCUGUUGAAGUAGGUGCUGCAGGGGUUAUUGUCUCAAAUCAUGGAGGUCGUCAGUUAGACUACAGUCCAGCCACCAUCAAUGUCGUUGAGGAGGUGGUUCAUGCUGUGAAAGGCAAGAUUCCGGUGAUAGUGGAUGGAGGAGUGAGGCGAGGAACCGAUGUGUUCAAAGCAUUGGCAUUGGGUGCACAAGCAGUCCUCGUUGGAAGGCCGAUCUUAUAUGGGUUGGCUGCAAAGGGAGAACAUGGGGUGAAGCAAGUGAUUCAGAUGCUGAAGGAAGAGUUGGAGCUCGCUAUGGCGCUUGCUGGCUGUACUAGCCUCAAGGACAUAACAAGGAGCCAUGUAAGGACCGAGCGUGAUAGAUGUCAAUCCAUGCUAUAAGCUGCAUACUAUUCCUUCAGAGACCAUACAUCAUCCUGUGAGGGAACAACACCACAGAGGAAGGCUAUAUUCAAUAUGAACAUUGUUACAAUUGAAUAAGCUGUAACUUUCGGAUGGGGGCAUAUUGCUCUCCUAGUAAAGCCUAAACAAGGGGAGAUUAAAACAGAUAUUAUAUAUAUUACAAUGUUUUAGUGGUCUCUCUCAAACAAAGUAUCACACAACAAGCUGUUAUCAAUUUCAGCAGUACAACAAAGCACUCACUCAAGAACACGAACAUACUAAAGA